UUCUCUUUCUCUUUUGUGCUUAUUUUCAUCCUCACUUCUGUUCUUUCCCAUUUCAACAAAGGAAAAAGGUUAACACAAUGGCCGGAACUAGCCAUGAACAACGUGUCUUGAGCUACCUUUAUGAGCAGGGUAUUCUGGAUCAUAAUUUUGAGAAUGUCAGAAGAUCUGAAGCUCAAGGGAAUCCUAGGGUUUUUACUGACGUGGUCAUUAAGUUCAUGAAAGAAGUUGAUGUUAUCAUGGAAGAAACAAUCGAGCUCGUGAAUGAACCCGAACUGAACUAUGAGACUUUAAGUACCCAUCUUCAUCAGCUCCAAGGGAGAAGUGCGAGCAUUGGUGGUUGUCGGAUGGCUGCAGCUUGUCGUAACUCUCGACAAGCUAUCAAUGCCCGGGACAAGGCAAGGUGUCUAGAAACUGUUGAACAGGUUAAACAAGAAUACCAUACUCUCCGUAGCGCCUUCAAAUAUAUUGUGGGGGUAGCAAGAUAUAUCCUGGCACAGGAGGUGCCUAACAUGCCCAAUGAGAAUCAGGGGAAUGGCGCAUAGAGAUGUGCUUGAAAUGGAAUGAGGGACAUGGCUAUAUCAAUAAAGGGAAUUAAUUAAAGCUAUGGUUAUUUGAAUAAAUUAAGGAGAUGGAAUUUGUUUGAGUAUAUCUUUGUUUUGUCUUUGUGUUUGUGUCUGAACAUCAUUAGUGCUUUUGUUGCACAAUGUGUUUGAAGCUCUUAUCAAGUAUGCAGGCUCCUUCAAUAGAAGGACUUUCAAGUACUAUUUACCUGUGUUGAGAUGCCAUAUAUUAUAAGUCAAGAAAUUUAGAUUUAAA